AUGCAUUUGAGUUCUCACAGAAAUUGGAGGUCCACGUUUGGAGGCUUGAAAAAAGUAAGAGGGACGACAAAAGACCCUGAAGUAGUAAAUCACAAAGUUUAUUGGUUUUCCGAGCAUCGUAACGUGUGCCGUACUGUGCUAUCAUUAUGUAGAACUCACCCAUUCACAAAUAUCUUCUCAGCUCUAAUAGAUCCCGAAACAACCUCAGGAUAUGCCAUAUCUCACGAAUUAUCCUUACCAGGACCUUUUACAGGGUUCAUACCAGUUGAUAACGGUAUGAAACAAAUAAUUAAGCAGAUUGAGCGAAAGGGCAACGACUUUUUAGUCGAUUUUAUAAGAUCGCAUUUUACAUUGGACCUAUGGUUACAUCGUGAUAUAACAGGAUCUUCUACGCAACCUUGGUUGUUAUAUAACAAAGAGCGUAAAGCACCUGAACACUUGUUAAGCUUAACAAAUAGCAAGCUGGUGAUUGAGAACAUAGGAGAAAUUUCUAGGGGAACAGAUCUAACGCAUAUUAAUGGCUCUAAGAUACUUCGUUGGAACAUGCGCUGUCACAAUGGAGUAAUUCAUUUAAUUGAUCGACCUAUGAUGGGAUUAUAA